AUGAGAGAAAUGUUGAAGAGGAGAGGCGGAAGAUGGGGAGCUGAAGCUGAUGGUAAUUGUUCUAUGCUGCACUUUUUCCUUCAGAAUGGAAUUCUCAUUUCAGACUUCAAUGAACUGUCAAGCUAUCAUAUUAGCCAUCAUAUCUUAACUGUGACAGCUUCUUGUAGCCUGAGGAUUCGAUACCUUUUGUUGCUUCUCCUCCGAUGUGAUUGUGCAAAACAGAUUGAACUUGCUAUGAAACAGAUUGAGGCUGCUGGGAGGGGUGUCCUUGUAUAUCUACGUGGACAUGAAGGAAGAGGUAUUGGAUUAGGUCAUAAGCUUCGUGCUUAUAACCUGCAGGAUGAUGGACGUGAUACUGUCGAAGCCAAUGAAGAGUUGGGAUUGCCUGUUGACUCGAGGGAGUACGGCAUUGGAGCAAAGAUACUGAGGGACUUGGGUGUUAGAUCAAUGAAGCUGAUGAUAAACAAUCCAGCAAAAUAUAUUGGAUUAAAGGGCUAUGGUUUGACAGUUUCUGGUAGGAUCCCAUUGUUAACUCUGAUCACAAAGGAUAAGAGAUAUUUGGAGACCAAACGUGCGAAAAUGGGACAUGUCUACGGCUUAGAAUUUAACAGCCAAUUGGGCAGUCAAGACGGUAGCACUGGCGAUGAGGUUAAGGUUGAUGAAUCUAAAGCUGUUUCUGUCUGA